ACGCAGUUAUUUCCAAGUUGUAGUGAUUAUGGCAGAUGCACCCCAGUCCAAAUCGGCGAAAAAGAACAAGAAACGUCACAACAAGAAAACUUUAGGGUCCUCGGGGUCAGGUGUUCCAGACGCGUCUCCAGGGGUCACACCAGCAGACCUCAUACCUCUGCUUAAACAACAGCUAGAAACAGCAAAGAUAAACAAGGAUCAUGCGGAGGCUGGAAAAUUGAGAGAACAGUUGUGGAUAUUGAGUGACCUGGCAGCAGGGAUAAGGACAGAUAUACCAGAGGAUGAAUACCAGAAGAUUGUCAACAGUCUUCCUUUACCAUCCAAUCAGCAAGCUGUUACCAAAGCCACAGAUGGCACCAGUGACUCCCAGACUUGUUCAACUCUGACUCCUGCAGAGAAGAGACUUAAAACAUUACACAAAAAAUUGGAUCAAAUUGAACAGCUGAAGGCAAAGAAGGCCAAAGGAGAAACAAUACAGGACAAUCAGGAAGAAAAGAUUAAAACCGAGCCUCAGAUAAAACAAGAAAUUGAGGAGCUAGAGGAGUUAAUGAGAACUCUACUAUCAGGAAGCUGAUGAGAGACUAUAGUCUGAGUCUGUGUUCAUAUGUAAUACUGGUCACACAGCAUGUUCAGAAUAUAAUAUGGAAGUGGGACCAAAAUGCAUCAUUAUGACCCCUUUCUCGUAGACACCAUUGGUCUACAUGGAUCAAUUCAACAUUUUGGGGAACCGCUGAGUGCAAUCAGCUUAACUGAAUGACACACCUCCCCUUGGCGUUAAGUCGAAUACAAAAAAAAUUGGUGAUUAUAUGAUAACGUUGGAAACAAGAGGAGGCAUGCUAUUCAGUUAGCCUGAUUGCACUCAGCAAGAGUCCCCACAGAGUUGGAUCAAACUGCCAGUGUUUAUGCUGAUAUUUAGGAUUACUUUCAAGUAAACUCCCAUACUCAGGGUGCUAAAUGUGUAACACAUAGUGCAACAUGUCUA